CUCCGGCGGCUGACAGGGAGCGGGGGCGGCAGCCGCAGCACCGAGCGGCUCCCGCCGGGCUGCAGCCCCAGAGCCCGGGGCCAGCCGUGCCUCCCGCCCUGCCUGUCAGCGCCCCGGCCGGGACCACCGUGCCUCCCGCGGGGGGCGCGCGGCGCGCAGGCUCCUCCCCCCGCCCAGCGCGCGUUGGUACGGUCCGGCCGCGGCACCGCCCCUCUCCCUGCGCCGCUUCCGCCUUUCCGCCCCGCGCCGCUCGCCAUGGCCAAGAUCAAGGCCCGAGACCUGCGCGGGAAGAAGAAGGAGGAGCUGUUGAAGCAGCUGGAGGAUCUGAAGGUGGAGCUGUCGCAGCUGCGCGUGGCCAAAGUGACCGGCGGGGCCGCGUCCAAGCUGUCCAAGAUCCGAGUGGUGCGCAAAUCCAUUGCCAGGGUGUUGACUGUCAUCAACCAGACCCAGAAGGAGAACUUGAGGAAGUUCUACAAGGGCAAGAAGUACAAGCCCCUGGAUCUGCGGCCCAAGAAGACGCGGGCCAUGCGGCGCAGGCUCAACAAGCACGAGGAGAACCUGAAGACCAAGAAGCAGCAGCGAAAGGAACGUUUAUACCCGGCCCGGAAAUUCGCCAUCAAGGCAUAGCCCUGGGCCAGCUGCACUCGAGGCAUGAUGGCUCAUUAAAUGGAAUUUGCUUUGGAA